AAAGAACAAAAUUUUAUCAUUAAUAAAGUAAACGCAGUGUAUUUUUAAAUAUGGAUAAGACUCCACUCCAUUUAGCAACAGAAUUGGGAAACCUAGAUGAAGUUCAACGGUUGAUUAAAGGAGGAGCAGAUAUUAAUGCAAGAGAUUGCUAUGGUUCUACGGCUCUACAUAACGCUACAUAUUUGAAACACAUGGAAGUAACCAAAUAUUUAUUGGCGCAAGGUGCAGAUGUAAACUCAAUCCAAUGGUUUACUGAAUGUAGUCCCUUACAUUCCGCUACGUUCAAUAAUGAUCUUGAAAUGAUUCGAUUAUUCACAGCAACUGGAGCAGAUAUGGAGCGUUCAGAUACCUGGGGAAAGGCUCCUAUUCAUAUUGCAGUCGAAAAAGGAUAUCUAGAAAUUGUAAAAUAUUUUUUAAAAAAUGGGGUGUAUGUUGAUAUUAUAAAUGAAAAAUCCAAAAUGACGCCCCUUCUUCUGGCUGCCGAACGAGGUUACAUUGAAAUAGUAGAUUAUUUACUGUUAUAUAAGGCCAAUAUGCGUCUCAAAGAUAAUUACUAUAAACGCAGUGCAAUUCAUUUUGGUGUUACGGGAGGGAAUGUUAAAAUUGUUAAAAUCCUUAUAGAAAAAGGAGUUAAUGUAAAUGCUAAAGAUAUUUUUAAGUUAACUCCUUUACAUUUAGCUUAUGAAUAUAGGUAUUUAGAAAUUGUCCAGUUACUUUUAAAAAACGGUGCAAUGCGUAACAUACAGGUUGCUAAUUAUUCUCUACUCCAUCAGGCAUGUGAAACCGGUUGUCUAGAAAUGAUAAAGUGUUUUAUCAGCGCAGGGGUAGACGCAAAUUUCGGUACAAUUAAAGAAUAUACUAUUCUGCAUGUAGCUUGCAAAUAUGGUCGAAUUGAAAUGGUUAAAUAUUUGGUUUCAAUUGGUGCUGAUGUUAACAAGAAAACUCUACCCAAUGGAGCCACUCCAUUAUAUUUUGCGAUAAAGAAUAUGUGCUCAGAAGUUGCAGAGUUCUUAAUUCUAAAUGGAGCUGAUCUAAAAGAAGCUGAAUAUAAAGGCAAAUCUGCUUUAUCGAUAGCCUUAAAAGAUGUGUCAAGUGAUUAUCCAGAGUCAGAACAGACAGAACAGUAUAUGGUAGUUGCAAAACUAAUAAUCAAAUAUACCCUGUUAAUUUGUAAUCCCAAUGAAAAAUAUAUUCAGGAUGGUUGUCCUUUCUUCAAAGUAUUAUCGCAAUACUAUAACGACUGCCAAAAAGAAAUAACAAGCAUGAGGAGUGUGACAAUAAAAAACAGUACUGUUUCAUUAUAUCAAAUAAUUUGUGACUCCAAUAAAGGUAACGCGUUUGUUCGAUAUCUAUGUAACGACAAUAUUAAGAACGAGUUACAAAAUAUUGAAGAUUACCUUAAAGACUUUUCGAUAUAUGGUAAUAUUCUUCCAUUGGUACAACUUAGGAUUAAGAACGGCUUUCAAAGAAAGGAAUUACUUUCAGAUGCUGACUUGAUAAUGAAAAAAAUGGCGCCUAAGUUACCUUCAGAAUUAAGAUGGAAAGUAUUCGACUACUUAAGCAUAACUGAUAUUAAAAUUGUGAUACAGUCAGAUUUAUUUAAAUGUAAUGAUUUUAGGGGAGAUAGAGAAAUAUCGCAUUCGUGGAAUAGAUUGCAGCAUCCAUUUCGUACUCUAAUAAUUACUUUUAUAAUCGGGUUGAUGCUAAUUUUUGUGACUAAUCACUUAAACAAUAUUGAGUAUUAGUCCAGAGAAAUAAGGUUUUUG